AUGAGCGCAAUGACCAAUGUGCUGUUGUUUUGUGGAGCUUUUGAUCCCAUCACAACUGGUCACAUGAUAAUGCUUGAUUUGUGCAUCAAAACUAACUUUUUUUCCGAGAUCAGGAUAAUGCCCAGUGGGAAAAGGACUGAUAAACAGUAUAAGGUUACAGAUGAACAUAGAACAGAAAUGUGUAAAAUCGCAAUUGAUCUAUUCAAAAAAGAAUAUUCCAACGUUAACAUUAGCAUCUCAGACUAUGAACUCAACUUAACUAAAAAUGUUGAUACUUAUUUCACUAUGAAACAUUUUAAUGAAACAGAAACUGACAAAAAUUUUUAUUUUUUCAUGGGCUCCGAUAUUUUGCCACAGAUGUUUGACUGGUUAGUUUCAGUUCACUACAUACUAACAUAUACUUAUGUUAUCAUAGUGCCAUACUCUGAUGAAUUAAUUAAAAUCGCACAUUUCUUAAUAGCAUACCGUGAAGAUUUUAAGAUUAAACAAGAAGAUUUGGAUAAGCUUCAAAGUUAUAAGUUGUUGGACAAAUUGUUGGAGGAUCAAAACCAGCAAACUCAAACAUCAUCAGCUUCAUCAACCGAAGCCAGAAAUAAUCUUAAAAAUGGACAUGUAAUACACAAUCUUACCAUCCUAUCUAGUUAUAUACUUAACCUAGUUAUGUAA